AUCCACAAUAAUAUCAUCAUCAUCGUCAUCAUAAAAACUCUAGCUCCUUAUGUUGAGAUUGCCAUUUUAGCCUAUUCUCCUCAACAAAUAUUUUGCUUAAAAUCUACUCUAACUCCUUCAGGGAUACAUACAUAUUCUUUCUGAAAAUCUAUCAAGAAUUUGUGCCUUGGUUGUAUAAGUAGAAUGGAGAGAAACUUCAGCUCAUAUAAUCCUCAACUAGCCUCUAGCUUGAAAAAGACUUACAAGACGCAGGAGCAUCAUCAUCUUAAAGAAGAUUGUAUGUCUCCAUCUUUCAGUCUACGGAAUGUUUCAAAGCUCAUUCUUCCUCCACUGGGUGUCUCAAGCCAGAAUCCAGUGAGCACAAAAGGAUGGAUCAUAUCUCCAAUGGAUUCAAGAUACAGGUGUUGGGAGAGUUUUAUGGUUCUUCUGGUGGCUUAUUCUGCAUGGGUGUACCCCUUUGAAGUUGCUUUCAUGCAUUCUUCAAAAAAUAAGAAAAUAUAUAUUGCGGACACUUUUGUUGAUCUUUUCUUCGCUAUUGACAUUGUUUUGACAUUCUUCGUGGCUUACAUUGAUCCAACAACUCAUCUACUAGUUCGAGACUCCAAAAAGAUUGUAGUGAGGUACUUGUCAACAUGGUUCGUGAUGGAUGUGGCAUCAACUAUACCAUAUGAGGCACUUGGGUAUUUGUUCACUGGCAAACACAAAGUGGGUCUUCCAUAUUUCCUGUUGGGCAUGCUCAGAUUUUGGAGAAUCAGACGUGUCAAGCAAUAUUUCACAAGGCUUGAGAAAGACAUCAGGUUCAGCUAUUUCUGGGUUCGAUGUGCUAGGCUUCUUUCUGUAACACUUUUUUCAGUUCAUUGUGCUGGUUGUCUCUAUUACAUGCUAGCUGAUCGCUACCCGCACCAAGGAAAGACAUGGAUUGGAGCUGUGAUUCCUAACUUCCGAGAGACAAGCCUUCGAAUCAGAUACAUUUCAGCCAUAUACUGGUCCAUCACUACUAUGACCACCGUAGGUUAUGGUGACCUCCAUGCCGUGAACACCAUGGAAAUGAUCUUCAUUAUUUUCUACAUGCUCUUCAACCUUGGCCUAACAGCUUAUUUGAUUGGCAACAUGACAAAUCUUGUUGUUGAAGGAACUCGCCGUACCAUGGAAUUUAGAAAUAGCAUUGAAGCAGCAUCGAACUUUGUGUGCCGAAAUCGGUUGCCCCCAAGGUUGAGAGAGCAAAUCUUGGCUUACAUGUGUUUAAGAUUUAAGGCAGAGAGCUUGAAUCAACAUCAGCUUAUUGAACAGCUACCGAAGUCAAUUUGCAAAAGCAUCUGCCGGCAUUUGUUUUCUGCUACUGUGGAGAAAGUCUAUCUAUUCAAAGGGGUCUCAAAAGAAAUUAUUUUGUCCCUCGUAGCAAAAAUGAAGGCAGAAUACAUACCACCUAGAGAGGAUGUUAUCAUGCAAAAUGAAGCACCAGAUGAUGUGUACGUUAUAGUGUCAGGAGAAGUGGAGAUCAUAGAUAGUGUAAUGGAGAAAGAGAGAAUAUUGGGGACCCUACAAACAGGAGACAUGUUCGGAGAGGUUGGUGCACUUUGUUGUAGACCUCAGAGCUAUACCUACAGAACCAAGACUCUCACACAGCUCCUGAGGCUGAAAACUAAUGCUCUUAUAGAAGCAAUGCAGAUUAAAAAAGAAGACAAUAUACAAAUACUCAAAAAUUUCCUUCAGCAUUUCAAGCAGCUUAAGGAUCUUAGUAUCAGAGAUUUAAUGGUGGAGAAUGUGGAAGAAGAUGACCCUAACAUGGCUGUGAACUUGUUAACUGUGGCAAGCACAGGCAAUGCUGCUUUUCUUGAGGAGCUUCUUAGAGCAGGUUUGGAUCCUGACAUUGGGGACUCCAAAGGGAAAACCCCAUUGCACAUCGCAGCAUCAAAUGGAUAUGAAGAGUGUGUUAAAGUCCUACUCAAACAUACAUGCAACAUCCAUAUAAGAGACAUGAAUGGUGACACUGCAUUAUGGGAUGCUAUAUCAUCAAAACAUUACUCCAUAUUCCGGAUCCUUUAUCAGCUUGCAGCCCUCUCUGAUCCAAACAUAGCAGGCCAUCUCCUGUGUACAGCAGCAACAAGAAAUAAAUUAACAGUGAUAAAUGAUCUUUUAAAGCAAGGCUUAAACAUAGACUCGGAAGAUCACCAUGGUACAACUGCAAUCCAAGUUGCCAUGGCAGAAAAUCAUGUGGACAUGGUUCGGUUGCUUGUCAUGAAUGGUGCAGAUGUUUCUAAUGUACAUGAUCAUGAAUUUUCUUCAUGCACCUUAAAUGAAAUGCUGCAGAAGCGUGAAAUUGGACACUUAAUUACUGUGAAUGAGGCCAUGACUAGUGAGGUUGCAUUUAGAGAACGACAUCAAGAAGAGCAUGAGCAAAUUUGGGGAAGAUCUAAUGGACUAUAUUUUCGAAGAGUGAGCAUAUAUAGAGGUCACCCUGUGGUAAGAAGAGAAAAAGGUUUCAUGGAACCUGGGAGACUAAUAAGGUUGCCUGAUUCAUUAGAAGACCUCAAAAAUGUAGCAGGUGAAAAACUUGGGUUCGAUGCAAAAGAUGCAAUGGUGACAAAUGAAGAAGGAGCAGAAAUAGACUCUAUUGAUGUGAUCAGAGAUAAUGAUAAACUCUUUUUGGUUGAAUAGGCUAAUGAUGCAAAAUCUCAACUGUAAAUAUAUAAUCUGGCACAAGAGAUUUACAUGUUUCUUUUUGUGUUGGUUAUUUUGUCUCCUUCCUGUAGUCAUAAAGAAAGUGGCUUGGUUGGAAAUAUUUAUCAGUUGUCUUUUCCCUUAUAAUUUAUAGUUUUUUGACUUCUGAUAACUAAAACAAUCAUAUCCAAUUGUAAAAAAAAAAACGAAAAUAUGGUUGACAUUUUUUUUUUCUUUUGAUAUUAGAUAAAUAAAUAAUCAGCAAAGAAUGGUUUGAGCUAGAGGAAGAAGAACAAAGGGAAUUUCAUUCCCUUUGAUAGGGAUCAAAUUAUGGGCCUCAAGCAUAAUCAGUCGCACCCCCAACAGAAAAGCAUAUCCAACCAAAUAAACACCCCGUAUGACCGACCAAGUCACCAAACUACCUAUUAGAGAGCCCAACAACAUGGUUGUCAUACGCCAAACAAACAGUGACAUUAAUCAUACGUUGAUGGGGUCUUCUAACAAAUUGAAAUCCCUCGUUAACAAGAAAGAAGCUGUAAAGAUGAAUUAAACAAAUACAUGACAUGCAAUAAACGGGCAUAUCAAUUUGAUUGAGACUUGUAAUAUUGGGUUUUUCUCCACAUAGAAAGGAACCUACACCCAACAUAGGUCUCACAUGUCAGCUUUAUUUACUAGGGAUCCAUCUACGUCCUUUAUAAAUCUGUCAACCAUGAUGUUUUCAAUUAGCUUUAUACCCUUCAAAUGUAAUAAUGUUACAAUUGACUUAACUGUCGAAUAAUUUUCGAUAGAUAUUCUUAAUAUUACCAGGGAUCACUUCAUAAUGCUAAUACCCGCAAGCUUAUGAAGUAAACAACCAAAUAUUUGAGAGCAUAAAUUCACACUUUGUUUGAUGCUAAAUUAUCAUAAUAAUUAUAUUAGUUCAAGUACAAUUUGCUCUAUUGUAAUGUAGUGAAGUAUACAUUUGUUUUUAUAUAUGUAUUUUAGAGAAGCCAAAUUUGCGUGCAAUAAUGCAAAUAAUGCAAAU